AUCGCUUUCUUGUGAUCUUCUUCUCACCUUCACUUUCUUGAGACAAUGAGCUAAAGCCUCGCGUCUAUAGACCGAGCGUGCCUAUUCGCAUUCGCCGCAUCGACAACGACGCGCAGUUUCAGCAAGACUUCAACGGGAUGGUUGUGGCUACAAUCAAGUGUGUGGUUGUCGGCGACGGUGCGGUCGGCAAGACAUGCUUGCUGAUCUCCUACACAACCAACAAAUUCCCCUCCGAAUAUGUCCCAACAGUCUUUGACAACUAUGCGGUUACUGUUAUGAUCGGUGAUGAGCCAUACACCCUCGGACUGUUUGAUACAGCCGGACAAGAAGAUUACGAUCGACUUCGACCAUUGUCAUAUCCACAAACCGAUGUCUUCCUUGUGUGCUUUUCCGUCACUUCUCCAGCAUCUUUCGAGAACGUCCGUGAGAAAUGGUUCCCAGAGGUCCAUCACCACUGCCCAGGCGUUCCUUGCUUGAUCGUCGGCACUCAAACCGAUCUACGCGAUGACCCAUCCGUUCGUGAGAAGCUUGCGAAACAGAAGAUGCAACCUGUCCGCAAGGAAGAUGGAGAGAGAAUGGCCAAAGAUCUCGGCGCGGUCAAAUACGUCGAAUGCAGUGCCCUCACGCAAUACAAGCUUAAGGACGUAUUCGAUGAGGCCAUUGUGGCGGCUCUGGAACCUCCACCAAAGAAGAGCAGUAAGAAAUGUACCAUACUUUGAUCGAGCAACGUUCGCCUAUCUUCUCCAGCAAGCGGGGUCUGCCAGGCUCACUCGUCAUUUUCUUCUUUCUCUUGCCAGCGCAAUCAUAUUGGAAAGCUUGGGAGUGUUUUGGACACCACAUGCGAAUCGACAAUUUCUUGGGC